ACAAAUUCGCGUUCACAUGCGUUCAGCAUGAUUUGCAUCGUACGGUUCGAUUGAACGAGCUUUUCGACUACGACAAUCGUCUCACGGCAAUGGCAACGGAAUCCCCAACUUCACCCGAAGCUUACGCCAACUCGAUGAACUCGGUCGUUUCGACAGCGUAUGAGAUAUUCAACCGAAAACUCUUCAGCCUUCCGAAAGUUUUGUUACUACCGGGAGUCAUGUCUCGUCAACCGAUGCUAGUCCUGCAGGUGUUUCCCUUUAUUUUCGUAUCGGAUUGGCUGAAAGCGAAUGCUGUAUCAUUCAUGACCACGAAAAUAGAAGAGUUGCAAAAAGAGCUUAGUGAGCUGAGGGCGGUACGUAGUAAGGUAGAAUCGUUCGACAUCAAGAACGCAGAGCUACUACAAAGGAGCGGGCCUGGUGCCAUGCAGUUCACGCAGCAUCGAUGGGAAGAAUUUACUGUUCAAAUCCAGGCCCGUGUGGUCGUGUCGGACCUGCUGAGUCGCUCGAAAGGUUUCUUUGCCUUCAUUCAACGAAAUUUUGUCUUUUCAGUACUGAUUGACUGCGCGUUGGCGAAUCUUAUAGCCAUUGGGAAGAUAAUGGCAGCGGAAAUCUUUGUGUUUUCCAGGGCGAUUGAAGACGCUGUCGAUAUGGUUUUGAUGCGUAGCCGAGGUGAAGCUGAACUUGCACGCAUGAUGACCGAAAUUGAGAAGCUCAAGAAUCUUGUGGAUAUUUGGGACCGUAGCACGUCUCGUUCUUUGAUUCAUUGCAACCUAGCGCCUCCUAAGGAAAACAAUCUUGUGCUUCGGAACUUGCACUAUUCGCGCGGGACCGCGUCUGCUCGGGCUGAUCAUGUAGAGCUCAAGCCGGGUGUUUAUGCGUUGACGGGUGCCAAUGGGAGUGGCAAAUCUACGUUGUUCCGAGUUCUCAUGAGUUGUAAUACCAAUCAGAAGAGCAUUGAUUUACCACCCAGUAUAAAUUUGCUAACCCCUAUGGAGCCGCUGACGGAGGUCGAUGAUUUGCUUCGUGAAACUGCCUGUGAGGCAGCCGAUGCAGAUUGUGAUACGACUGCCGAAGUUUGCGAAAGCGAUUUAGGGGAGAGUCGGAAAUUAAACGAGAAGGAGCUACUCCCUGCGGAUAUGCCUCAACAUGUUCCCAAACUGUCAAUCACAAUGCCCUCCGCUCACGUGGUUGAAAUCAGCCAGAAUUUUUACUGGCCGUUGUAUUCCACACCGAUUGACUGGAUCUUUCAAGAACAUGUAAUGGACACGUGUACUGCGGAGGAAUCGGAAGUCCGUGCAAGGAGAGUUGCGGAAGAGUUGCACUCAUUGGAUUUUUUCCAGGCCCCGCAAAUGUCCGAGGAAGAAAUGGAAGCAGCAGCGGAGGCAAUGGUUUCCCCAGCGGCAACGAGCGAAGGAACAAUUCAACGCAUAAUGUCUGAGUUGCAAGAGGAAAAAGAGGACUGGUUCAGUGAUUUGUCCGGCGGACAAAAAAGUAAGGUGGAACUUGUACGGCUCGUCUUUUUGCAGUCUCACUGCCCGGACGUAUUAUUGAUUGACGAAACUAUGGCCCCGUUGGACCCAGCCUCUAAGUCGCUCGUCAUGGCCAAGCUAAAAGUUUUCUGUAGCGAAAGCAUUAUUCUGGUGAUUUACCAUACGGAUGUUGGUCGUGGUACCAAGGAUUCCGGGGACGGCGAAGAAUUUGUCGAAUGUGUUCCGUCGAACGAUUUUUUCAACAAGAACCUUCAUCUGGAGAAGGGAUUGAUUCACGUGCGCGAUACGUGCUAG